AAGAUGAUAAUUGCAGUGAUUCUUUCAAAUCGUUAUAUUUUCAAUAUCCCUGUGAAUAUAGUGUAGAAUGUUCUGGUUACCAUUUAGAACCAAAUAAUGAAGUGUUGUAUGAAGAUACAGAGAUACUUGGUGAAGCUUCAGUAGUUAAAGCUCAACUAGAAGAACCAAUUUAUGAUGAGGAUUUGAUUCAACAUGAUGAUAACAAUGAUAAUGAUA